AUGCGGGCCGCUAGAGCACUUGCUGCCGAUGAUAUUCCUGCUGUGGCAGUUCUCGCCGAUGCCCGUCUCUUCAUCGAGACUUGUCAUAGGCAAAGCUGUGAAAAUUUUCGGGCCGCGAGCGCGGCAAGUCUGUCCACCACCCUGGCCACAAGAACAGGAACAGCUGAAAUUAGUAACAACUCUAGCAGGCUUAGCUGGUCGAGGUUCCGUCUACCGCCGUUGCAAACCCAACUGCCAGAAGUUGAAGCAAAAGGGGAAGACAAGGCCAGCAAGUCUGUGCGCAGACACAAGCGGAGACAUCGGGAAAAGGCUGCGACUAAGACAGAGACCUCUCAGCAGCCCAGGACGGCUGAAAAGAGCGCAAAGCAGUCUAGCAAGCCAGCGAACACGUGCGGACUCGAACGCGAUGAGAGCGUGAAGGGUGCUACCUACACAUGGGUGCGGAGCGGUCUUCUGGGCCGAGGCUCUGUGGGCACAGUUUGGAAGGCGAGGAUUGCCAGUACAGGGGAGACCGUGGCCGUGAAGGAGGUAGAUUUGGACAGGGAUUUGCAAGUCCCCAGUGAGAUUGCGAACGAAGUCGCCACCCACCGCCAGCUCAACCACCCCAACAUUGUCAAGCUGCUUGGCACGGAUGCGGUACUAGCCAGAUACUACAUCUACUUGGAGUUCAUGGCCGGAGGGUCAUUGCGUCAGGUGUUGAAGCGUGAUGGGCCCUUGAGAGAGGUCCAGAUCUGCAGCUAUGCCUCCCAGCUCGUGAGUGCUCUGAGCUACAUGCAUCGGCAGGCUGUGCUACACAGAGACGUGAAGACUGGCAACAUCCUCCUUACGGAGGAUAUGAAGUGCGUAAAGCUCGCAGACUUUGGGUGCUCAAAGAAGUCCAAAGUUAGCGCCAAACACACUUUUCGAGGAUCUGUUCUAUGGAUGGCCCCUGAGAUUAUUAAUGGUGAGAAGUAUGGGUGCAGGGCCGAUAUUUGGAGCUUUGGAUGCACAUUGAUUGAGAUGAUUACAGCCCAGCCCCCUUGGGGCAAGUUUUCCUCACAGAUGGCGGCCAUGAUGCAUAUUGCUUGCUGCGACAAGUCGCCACCACUCGAAGAAGAGGUCAGUCCCCACCUGCGGGACCUCGUGAGCAUUUGCACGCGACGGGCUCCGAAGGAGCGCCCUCGAGCCUGCAAGCUUAUGAACCAUGACUUCCUGAAUUCGUGCGGCCGAGAGUUGCCGAUGGAACUUACUUGA